AUGCGGGACGCUCCAAUUAUGGGCUGUGCUGAAAAAAAUAGCGAAGAGCGUCCGAAAUGCAAUCCGUUCGGGACUCGAUUUUUGACAGACGAGUCUAAAGUAUUCGAGCACAACGCAUGGGAUAAUGUGGAAUGGAGCGAAGAACAGCAAGACGAAGCAAAACAGAUCGUCGAGAAGCAGAAGUCAAUGAAAGUUGAUGAAGAAAAGGCGAUGAAGCUUUUAAGUAAUCCAGCGGAGCAAUGGGAUGCAUUUUAUGCCCAAAAUGAGAACCGAUUCUUCAAAGAUCGACAUUGGCUACUGAAAGAGUUUCCUGAACUCAGUGUGAACGAUGAAAGGAAUAAACAAGAAGAUGUUAUAAAUGUUCUUGAAGUCGGCUGCGGUGUUGGGAAUACCACGUUCCCUUUAAUGGAAAUGAAUAAUAAUGAGAGGAUAUUUCUGCACAGCUGCGAUUAUUCCGCAAAUGCUGUUCAGGUCUUGAAAUCGCAAAAGAAGUACAAUCCAUCGAACAUGAACGCUUUUGUCUGGGAUAUCACAAAGCCAGCGCCGGAAGAGGCUCCGAAAGAAGCUUCUCUUGACUAUAUUGUGUGCAUUUAUGUGCUCUCUGCCAUCCGUCCUGAGCAUAUUCAAACUGCUGUUGCCAAUCUGGUUAAACUUCUGAAACCUGGCGGAAUGCUUCUUCUCAAAGACUAUGGAAGAUAUGAUUUGACGCAGUUGAGAUUCAAGAAAGAUCGAUUAAUCGAUGAGAAUUUGUAUUGUCGAGGUGAUGGAACUCUUGUCUACUUUUUCACAAUGGAAGAGCUCGAAGAGAUUUUUGCCAAGGAGAAAAUGGAAAAAAAAGUGAUGCAUGUGGAUCGACGACUAAUUGUUAAUCGUUUGAAACAAAACAAAAAGGCACUUCUUCGAUUAUCAUGUGAAACGAUGAGGUUUAAGCCAGUGUUCGAAGAAAUUCUCCAGACAAAAGACUUAAAACGAACAAAGAAUGACGUGAAUGUCGGUGGAAGUAUCGAACUUGUGUUCGUUUUAAUGUACGAAGCGAUGGUCGGAUCAGGAUUGAAUCGAUGUUCGCAAGAGCUUAAAAGUGUCAUUACCAAAAGGAUUAGCUUAAUGAAAGAAGCCGAAGCCGAAUUGGCCAAAGAGAAUCGAGGAAUUCAAGCAAUCAAAGAUGCGGGUAAUAAGGCGAAUGAGAAGAAAAUUGAGAUUCCACGAUACGCUAGAAUAAAUACUCUUAAAUGGACACACGAUGAAGCGUUGGAAGCCUUGAAAACUGAUAGUUGGAAGAUCAAAGAAAUUGUGAAUCUUGAAAAGUAUGCCGAAGAGGUGUCGAGUAUGCAAGAAGACGAAGUUUUCGUUGAUCCGCACGUUGAGAAUUUGCUAAUUUUUCCUCCGAAAAUUCAGAAUUUCCAUGAAUAUUGGAUGGUAGAAGAGCGAUAUAUCAUUUUGCAAGAUAAGGCAUCGUGUUUACCAGCGUUUUUGCUCGAUCCGAAGCCCGGAUCGCAGGUUUUCGACACUUGCGCGGCACCUGGAAUGAAAACAAGUCAUGCGGCAGCGAUAAUGGAGAAUCAAGGCAAGGUGUGGGCGAUGGAUCGCGUGCCGGAUCGGGUGGCGACGAUGAAAACGCUUCUUGCCUCGUCGAAUGCCAAUAUUGUUAGCAGUUUUUGUGGGGAUUUUCUCAAGACGGACGUCGCAGAUAAGAAAUUCGCAAAAGUAGAAUAUGCACUUGUGGAUCCGCCGUGCUCGGGAUCCGGAAUUGUUAAAAGACUGGACGAGAUCACUGGCGGAAACGCUGAAAAAGAACGACUUGAAAAACUCAAAAAUCUGCAAGCGAUGAUUCUGAAGCACGCGUUGAAGUUCCCGCAUCUCAAAAGAGCUGUCUACUCGACGUGUUCAGUUCAUGAAGAGGAAAAUGAGCAGGUGGUAGAUGAAGUCCUUCUCGACACUUAUGUGCGACUGAACUUUGUCUUGAAGAAAAAUGUGUUACCGGCGUGGACGCAUCGAGGAUUAAGCUCAUAUGAAAUCGGCGAAUAUUGCCUUCGUGCUGAUCCGAAUGUGACAUUAACCAAUGGAUUCUUUGUAGCGGUUUUCGAGCGAAUAUCCAAAUAA